AUGGCAUCGAACUACGCCCCAAAACAGAUUUUUGUGUCUAAGCGCCUGUUCUACCGAGCUAUCGAGGACAAUGAAGAAGAUAAGACAUUUAUCAAGCAAAAAAUACUCAACGAUCACACCAUUCAAGCUAUGAGCACAAAUCGGUUACCAAGGCCAGCGCACUCCGCUGAUGACCUUGUAAAGAUGUUCCGCGAGGCAAUGCUAGGUGUCAUGAUCUGUCUUCAACCUGAACAUCAAUCGAGUGAUGAUACGGAGCUUCCCUCUAACAUCGAGACCUCCAAAGCGACAAUCAUCGGCCAUAUGGGCAUAUUCAACCAUCUUGGCCCAGAGACGAGCCAUCACCGCAACGUGAUGUUGGGCAUAUCGCUUGCGUCCGAUUUUCGGGGCAAAGGAUAUGGCGGAGAAGCUAUCAAUUGGGGACUCGACUGGGCAUUUCUCCAUGCUGGGCUUCACAGAGUUGGUCUGGCUGCGUUUUCGUACAAUGAAAGCGCGGUAAGACUUUAUAGAAAACUGGGCUUUGUGCAAGAUGGCCGCGAACGCGAGGCUGUCUAUCACCGUCGUGUCUGGCAUGACGUGAUUCUCUUCUCUAUGCUUGAGCAUGAAUGGGAAAGUUUGCGGGGAAUAGAGAAAAGCUGA